AUGUCGCAAACACGAACGCGAAAUGCGCAGCUUGCUACAGAGCUAUCGUCUAGCCCGCCGACCCUUUCUCAGGUUCUGCGGCUGACACCAGAACUUGGCCCGCAGCAGCAGGCGCAGUCUGCAGAGCAACCAGAGCAGGAGCCGCUGAACCAGCUAGCGCGCAGCGACUCUGCAGCAGGCACAGGAGCGGAGGGCAUUGUCACCGAAUCAGCAGAGCAGCCCACAAACCAGGCUGGCACCAGCACACUACGCGCUAGCGAACUGGAAAGCCAAGCUCAGCAGCAGCAGCCUCCAGUGCUCGGCCGCCAGCGCUCAGGCAGCUCGGAAGGUAGGGAAGAUACACAGCCGACUGAUGUUGCCUGGCAGCCCAAGCGGAUAUGUGUGCGUCCAGAAGGAGUGAGCCCAGCCUUCACCGGCAGUCAGCAAUCGAGGUUCUUUCCGCGCCAGGUGACUGAUGCGCCUGGCAAUGCGCAAACGACUGAUGAUUUCCAGUUGCCUAGGGUUCGUUUGAAUGAGGACCAAGUGGGCACAGAAGCGGUGCAGGUCGAAAGCAGCCCAGUGGUAUUGGUCCACGAUCCCUCGGGUGAUGCUGGCGAACCAGCAGCACAUGGACAGGAGGAACAUCCAGACCACAGCAAUGAAGAUGACGACGACUUUGCCAGGCCACCAAUUCCGCCACAUUCGUUGGCUGAGAGAGCAUAUGCACGGCCAGCGCUACACCGUGCGUCCAUGUCGGCAGCGAGCUCAAUCGGUGAUAUGUGCACUGACAGCGGCACUGCCACGCCCAAACUAGACGACGCUGCUGCAGCUGCUGACGAUAUUGAAGCUGAGGAGAGCAACACAUGUAUAAUCUGCUACGAGCGCUGGACGCAUCGCGGCAACCAUCAGCUGGUGUCGCUGAAGUGCGGACAUCUGUUUGGUUACAGCUGCAUUAAACGAUGGAUCGUGCGCGGUCCUAGCGGCCGAGGACGCCAGAGUGGCUACAACAAGGACAAAGCAGGAUGCCCUGUUUGCAAGCAAAAAACAGCAGUCAAGGAUAUCCGUAAGCUAGUGGCCACGGCUAUUACAGCGGUCGAUGGCGAAAAGCUGGAGAAUGCGCGUGCAGAGAUUAAGCAGCUGCAAGACAAGUGUGCUAAGCUCGAGGGUGACGCCUCCCACUACCAAUUCGAGUACCACCGUAUGUUCAAUGAGGUCCAGAAGCUGCGCAACCAACUCGAUGAGGCCGUACAGCAGAAGCAAUGGAUCCUGAUGGAGAAGGAGAACCUCGAGAAGCACCUGGCAGAGACUCUCACCUGUAGGCCAGCCAGCGAACCAAAGCCGAGUUUGCCACAGGCAGUCAGCAUGGAGGAGAGCACGCUGGCUAAUGGAGAAAAGCUAGCGGUGCGUGCGGCCAGUCUCGGCAACAUUCCGGCGCGGGUUGAUGAUAGCCAGCUGGACUUUAAUAUCGGCGAUAUCGACAUUGAUUUCGGUGCCGCCAUUCCCAGUUCACCAGGAGCCACCGACAACGACACAAAGGGUGCUCCUACACUGCUCCUACAUCCACACUCACGCCCACAGAUGCAGAGCUUUUAUUUGCCACGGAUGCGGCUAGCUGCAACAGUGCCAAUCGCAAAGAGAUCCGGAGACUCGGCACGUCUGCUGGCGUUUCACCCACAUGAGCCAGUACUCUAUGUGAGCCAUUCCAAUGCCAAGACACGCAAGCACACAAUGGCACAGGUCAAUGUGCAUGACCCGGCAGCACCGCCCUUCUUCAUGCAGCCACUGCACAGCGAAGAAAUCCGCGGCGCAGAAGUCAGUCCACAUAUGUCAGGUGUGCGGUAUCUGCUGACGGCAAGCAUGGACCACACGGCUGCCCUGACAAGCUUAGGGUCGGGAGUCGGUGGAAGCAGAUCGCCGCCCAUGGUGGCCAAUCGGUUUAAGCUGGGCGAGCGCGGGUGGUCGUGUGCGUGGGAUCCGAUCGAUCCAAAUGUGUGUUAUGUUGGAACUGCCAAGGGCCUUGUCCAGAUGUUUGACAUACGCAAGCCCAGUUUGGCGGUUCAUGUCUGGGAUGGCCCAGCCAGUGGGGCCCGCCUGCUGAGGCCAGCGGUGAAUUCGAAUGGUAAAAUCAUCACUGGAUGCUCGCCGAUCCACAGCAUUGCCGUCGUACCGUCGUCCCGGUGCAGUCGGUUGCUGGUGGCGAAUUCGCUGCACGUGUACUCGCUGCCUACCCCUGAAUUCAAGCUUGGCCUCGCUGAUUCCAGCACUGCAAAGACCUCAAACGAGUGGAUACGCCUGACUGAUAGCGAAGCACACAACAACCCAUGCUACUCGGUGUCGUUUGAUCCGCGACAGAGUUUGGCCGCUGCAUCGUUUAGAUCGCCUGGCGGGUCGUCACGGCGGCAAGAGACAAUACACGAGAUGUUUGAUGUCGAAUUCGGCAAAGACAACCAGGUGUCAUGGAAUCGGCGCCAUCAGAUCAACGUCGAGUCGUGGCAGAGCAAAAUGACACGGUCGACAAUCUUUUCCUACUACGCAGAGCCACCGUACAACCGCUGGCAGUCUCUGAUGUGUGCUGGCAUCGAGAGGUCGCGCCAGGUCAAAGUGUGGGACGGUAGUGCUGCGCAGGCCAAAGAGCUCGUUUCGCUGAGCGAUGUUCCGGCCACCGAGUACGUGGUCGACAUCAAAGGGUGCCAGUGGGGGCUGUCGGAUACGGGUAACCAAAAGACCACUCUGGCAACCCUGACAAACUCCACGGUCCGGUUGUACGAUAUUCGAUAA